ACACAUGUCGCGCAAUAAAGUCUGACAGUUUGAUUGACAGUUACUUCAGCUCGGUUCACGUUCCAUUUUCGCUAAAUAAGAAAAUUCGAAUUGGAGCGAAAAUAUUCAGAUUUUCAUUUACCUUCAUUCACCAACUAAUGCAAAUAAAGUAUAACUGUCCUUCUUCAACCGAAUCGUAAUGCAAUAAAUUGUGUUUAUGAAUGUUUAAGAUAUUGAUUAAUUUCUUCUCAAAGUUGUGUUGUGAAGGUAUAAGGUAGACGGCAAGUCGGCGAGUUGUUCAUUUAAAAUAUUAUUGUUGAACUAUCUACAAGUGAUAUUCUCUUUGGAACUAUCGUUCAUGAAGAGAAGGAGGGAAAGUAUUGAGGGUGAGACGAGAUCAUUAGUUUUAUUUAAAUCUUGAAUUAUUUUGAUUCAUGAUUGACCGUUACGAUCACCAGUUGAAACGUAUUUUAAGUAUUUUUGUAUGAAAAUAAGUACAAUAAGUAGAGUUUUAAUUAGUGAUGUAAUACGAAAAGAUUUUUAUAUAAUAAAAAUAUUUUUCGAUGCUGUGUUUUUAAAUUAAGUCGUAAUAUCUUGAAAUCAAAAAGAUAUUUCAUAAGUGCCAUGGCUCUUGCCAAAUCUAAUUUAGAUGUAGCCUUAGGCUGUGAUAAUUGUAAAAAUAGUGAUAAAAAUGGUUCCGGAAUUAAAAGUAGCAUAUCAUCUAAUGAUAAUCAGAAAGAAAAUACUAGAAACAAAGUUUCAGAGAUGUGUGAAAAUUGUAAAGAAGAUUUACCGCCAAAAAGCGGUGAAAACGCGGCGAAAGUAGACGCUACCCCGCCAAAAAACAAAAGAAGGAAAUUAAACGAUGUUUUCGAUGAUUAUGUGAAAAAAUUGGAUUACAACAUUCUAUGUUUGAAUUUCAUGAAGUUACAAAAUUUCAUAGACAAUGAUGAAAUUAAAUUCAUGUAUCUCCCAUUUUUUUACAAUGUGAAAGCUUAUGAGGAGUUUUUUAAAAUGAUAAUUGAUGAUAUGGAGUUAUUGGAAUCCCAGUCCUUAGAUGAUUAUAAAUAUAGGAACGUUUGUGAUAAUAUUCUACAGUUAAUGCUUUUAAAAAAGGCUGAUUUCAAACUGGCACAUGCAUACAAAUAUGUAGAGAAUGUUAAAAACAUAAUCCUAACAGUUGAGAAGAAAUAUUUUGGUGCCCCUGAUGGGACUCCCGUGUCAUCAACACCAAAUUCAGAAACAGACUUAUCACUAUCACCAGCAGCAUCAAUAUCAACGGGCAGCCAAAGCUCAUCUCCCUCAGACCAAGUCUCAAUUGGCUUCAAGACCCAUUGUCUCCGAGUAACACUGGCUUUCAUACAAAACAAGGCAAAGUCGAAAAUAUUCCCAGAAUUAAACGACGAACAGAUACAGUACCUAAACAGUUUGAUACAAAGUGAAGAUGUAACGGACAGUGAUCCGGUUAUACAGGAUUUGUGUAGCACGCUGCGUGACGAGCUCAAGACAUUUUAUAAUAAUUACGAUUUGAAAAUGCAGACUAUUGAGUCUGGGAAUGAGAAGAAGUACCUGUUGAUGGAGAAGACAGAGAAACCGCCUGCAACCACUGUGAUAUCGCAACCAAGUGAUAGUAAUAUAAGUACUAAUAUGAACCCACCGCAACCACAAGCAUCAAAUAAUCGAGCACAAAUCUGUGCGUCCCAGCUUAUUAAAGUAAGGAAGAGCAAUACACUCGCGACCGCCGAGUUCGCCAAGAAAGCUCUCAUCGAAAUACUCAAGUUUAUGGACAGCGACAAACCAAUGAUUGUGUUCUCGCCCAACGACGGUAACGAAUACUGGUUCUACAGGCAAUGUAUAAAAUGGCCGAAACCGGACCCACGAGUGCAGUGGACGGAGGAAACGUGCAAACUGUUCAGACAGCUCAAGGAUAUGUUGCCGACAUACAAAGUAUACGCUGCCACCAAGAAAAUUAAAAAGAAGAAGAAGGGGGGCUUCGUUGACCCUUAUUUAAAGUUUCAAAACAUUAUUGUGUCUGAUGAUUCUGACUCUGAUGCGGAAAGCUCGAGUCGCGCUUCCAGCGUGGACAAGACGCCUGCCCGGGAAAAACCGAGGAAAGUCAACGAGAAGAUAACUUGGCGCGGCCUGGAGUUGGAACGUAAGGGCAAGCUCAGGGAAGGGUUGGCUAACCCCGUGCAGAGCGAUAAGGCCAUGCGUAUGAUGCGCGGUAUGGGCUGGAGUGGGGGAGCGCUCGGAGCGAGGGGCACCGGCAUCAUAGAGCCUAUAAUGCUGGAAAUUGACCAAGUAAAAGGCGUCGGCUUCGGUCACAAGAAACGUGAUGUAGCGAAACAACAGUCCGCUCAAAAGAAGACACCGUUUCCGAAAUCGACACAAGAUUGGAUUAACAACGACGAACAGACGGACACACAGCCUUCAGACUCCGAUGUUAUUGUGGAGAAAACGAAACAACUACUGCAAGAAAACAUAUCGUUUGAUGAAAUGCUGAAAAAAAAUAAAAACGACUCUAAGACUUUAGUUAUACGGAAAAUUACCAAAACAGGCAUAAUAAAUAAGCCAGAUAGUAGUUCCAAAUCGCCUGAAAAUAAGCCUAAAAGUUCAAAAACUCCGGACAUUGAGACACAGAAUUUGAAACCGCUGGAAAAUGAGGAACAGCUCAACAACACAGCAAAAUCAGUCCGAGACAAUAAUACCACUGCAAAACGAUCCCCAAAACUUAUCGUCGCCGGAGAAUCAGCCCUCCAAAACAUUCCAAAAUCAGUGUAA